AGACCCGGGCCGGCGACUGGAGCUCCGCCACACAGACUGUGAGUGAAAGUCGUAAGCAAGUGUCGUUCAGGGGCUACAUGACGGGGAUCAUAAAGAAAGCUGGAGAUUUGUUUUGAUUAGGCUUUUUUUGUUUUGUUUUGUUCUGAGUGAAGAGUGGCACGUAAACCAAAGAUUUUAAGCCGCCAGACGAAAUGCUUUGCCACGUUACUCGCCCGGACUCGGUAGUGAUGGAAGUGGAAGUUGACGCCAAGGCAAACGGGGAGGAUUGUUUGAAUAAGGUUUGCAGAAAGUUAGGCAUAAUCGAGGUGGACUACUUUGGGCUGCAGUUCACGGGCAGCAAAGGCGAGAACCUGUGGCUCAAUCUGAGGAAUCGCAUUUGUCAGCAGAUGGACAACGUGGUGCCCUGCCGACUGAGACUGCGAGUAAAGUUCUUUGUGGAGCCCCAUCUUAUUCUGCAGGAACAAACCAGACACGUAUUCUUCAUGCAAGUGAAAGAGGACCUCCACAACGGUCACCUGCGCAUGGGCUUGGAGCAAGCUGAGGAACUGAGUGCCCUCUUGGCCCAGGCCGAGUUUGGCGACUACAACCAAAACACAGCCCAGUACUGGUACUCAGAGCUUUGUGGGGAGGAGCCCUGUCCUGACACCAUCAACAGCAUUGUGUCCAGACACAAGGCCCUGGAGGGGGCGAGCCAGGGCUCUGUGGAGUAUCAAGCCCUGCAGCUUGUCUCUUUGCUGGAGCACUACGGCGUGGAGUGGCACUGGGCCCGGGACGCUAACGGACAACGUCUGGCCAUUGGCGUCGGACCUGAAGGUAUCGCCAUCUGCAAGGAGGACUUCAGCCUCGUCAACCGGGUGAGCUAUCCUGUCAUUCAGAUCGCCACCCAGUCGGGGAAGACCGUUUACUUGACGGUUACCAAAGAGACCAACGACAACGUAGUGCUUAUGUUCAAGCUGAUCAGCAAUCGGGCCGCCAGUGGCUUGUACCGUGCCAUCACCGAAACCCACGCCUUUUAUAGGUGCGACACAGUUACAAACGCGGUGAUGAUGCAGUACAGCCGGGACUUCAAGGGCCACCUGGCGUCCCUCUUCCUCAACGAAAACAUCAACCUGGGCAAGAAGUACGUCUUCGACAUCCGCCGCACGUCCAAGGAAGUCUACGAUCACGCCCGCCGCGCCCUCUACAACGCCGGCGUCAUGGACUUAAUGUCACGCUCCAGCAGCGGCUCACCGUCGUCACGCUCACCCAGCCGGGAUGACAUGCAGCAUCACGAGGAGGCGGAGCAGCAAGACGACGGCUCCGACUGCGGCAGCUGCCAGCAGAGUCGAGCGCUGCAGGAGAGGCUGCAGAAGCUGCAAGAGGCGCUGCUGUGCAUGCUGUGCUGCGAGGAGCAGAUCGACGCUGCCUUCUGCCCGUGCGGACACCUAGUGUGCUGCCAGACCUGCGCCAAUCAGCUGCAGUUGUGUCCAGUGUGUCGCUCGGAGGUGGAGCACGUACAGCACGUUUACCUGCCCACCUGCACUAGCCUGCUCAACCUGACCAUGGCCGACAACCAACGGCACCACGGCGGAAUCCCGGCGUCCAUCUGCCGCGACCUGGCCUCUUCUCAUAACUGCACAGAGUACGACAAGAUCUACCACACGUAAAAGAAUGACUUUUGGGGAACCCUUUUAUUUUUUUGUGGUACGUCAAUGUUUCUACCCCAACAUCCCCCUGAUUGAUGGACAAACCACUCCCUCCAAGAUGUGAGUGUGUGCGUGUAUUUUGACAAAUGGUUUUAGUCUGCAAUGUUAAUUUAAAUGAUCGCAUCAGUUGAGCUGAUACAUCACACACCUUUUUUAUGUUGUUUUUAGAAGAGCACUGUACAAACUGGUGUUCACCUUUUUAGAAGCCUUCGUGAUUUUCACUAAACUUUUAUUGAAUGGAGUGAGACACUGAGUACGGUAGUUGUUUUUUUAAUCUUUGUCUUGUGUUGAGUUUUACAUGCCAAUGAGGAGGCUUUUAGAGGCUAAGCACUUAUUUAAGUUCACCCAUAACGUCCACCAGCAGACACUCCACCAUAGAACACAUAAAAACAGCUGAAGUUUAUUUACGGAAAUAUCUCCAUACCAAAUGACAGACUAGAAAAAGCCUCUAAAAGCCUAGUUAGUCUCCUGUGUAAUUCUCCUCUCGGGUGCCGUAGUAAAGGUCUGUUUUUCUAAAAGGUACAAAGAUCUGUGCAAUACCUACCUGCUUCUUCUUAUUUAAUGUUGCUAUUUAAAAAAUUUUUAAAUGUCACUUUACUGAGGAAGCUGCAUUCACACCGCUUGUCUUCUAGAGAGGUUCAGCCUUAAUGUAGCAGCACCGCCAUCUUUGCUUAGAAAAUUCCAACAUGUUUUUGUCUAAGAAAAAAUGUAGUUAAGGGACUUUUUUUCCAUCACGUACAAGUAACGAUUUUGUUUCUGUUUCCUGAAGCAAAAGCCACUGUUGGUUGCUUUCUAAUGACAUGACUGAUAUUAGGUCUUAUAAUAUUCUGCUUUUGACCAAGGAGAAAGUAUUAAUAAAACACAUUUUUUAAAUAAAUACAAACCUGGCUCUGGA